UACUCUUCGCGCCAUGGUUGCCCGUAGGGACGCCGAAUUGGAAGAGCUCAUCCUCAACGGGUUCGGGCCAAGCAAGACCGGAGACUCGGGGGUUGAAGACUCUCGGGCAUCUAACGGCGAGGCACUAUCAAUUCUCCCGCAAGCCAGUGACAGAAACCGAGCCCUUGAGAGAGAGAUUGAGCUUCUCUGUCAAGAGUUAGAUGCAGCUAAAGCUCGCAAAUUGAGUCAUGCACCACCCUCUGCUGAGGAAACCCCUCGAUACCACUCCUCCCUCGAAACUCCGGAACUGGUGCCAACCGCCAGUGCCGCAUCCGAUGCUACUUUUCCUACUAUGGCCACACGAGCUGAAUCUCACAUCAUAUCGAACCCAGCAACGCCUAAAAUGCUGGACUCUCCUAUUAAACUUCCUGAGCCUCUUCCAUUUUUCUCCACCCCCGAAUCCCAGAGACCCAGUCCAAAAACGGAGGCUAAUACAUCACGACCCCGCGUUUCUUCAGUGUUUCUCCCUGCAACACCUCCCACUGGAACGUGAGUAUUCAGGAUGUGAACUCGUACGCACGAUCCGAGGUAUUGAAGAACUUGCUAGGAUGAGGAAACCAGGGUCUUCUACCCCGAUGCGCCAGGUCCCUGGUGCGCUGUUGGAUGUGAGGAGGCAGAUUGAAGAUCUUGGUCCGGACGUGAGGGAUUUGACUACUGAGCAAGAACAUCUUGGUGCCGCGUUAAGACUUAGCCACUUGACAUCUCCCCGUCCCUCUCUCCAGGAUAUGGAAUCUAUUUGGCUUCUAGAGGAAGAAUGCAUAAGACUCCGUGCCGCCGCUCUGGCGGCUGAAGAAAAGGCCGAAAGUGCCAUUGCGCAGGCGAUGGAGCUUCGUGCUGUGAUUCGCAGUUUAGAGGAUCAACUUCAGAUGGCGUCUCCUCUCGCCGGCGCUGGGACUGAAGGCUCAACCGAUACGUCUGACUAUGAUACGGAAGGGGAGACGCUCAAUCCGAGCGAGAUUUUAUCCUCUGUUCUAUACAGCGAUAAUGCGUCGGAAGCCACAAGUUAUGGAGAGGGUGGUAUUGCUAGAAGUGCUGCGUCAACACUGAGUACCUCCAUGCUGGUCGCUGAUAAGCGUACGCAAGCUUAACAUUCGCUGAUUAAUACGCGACCAACUAUUUCAUCCUGCAGUAAAGGAGGGUAUCGAUGGCGCCCCAAUCCAGUCACCAGGGCAGGAGCAACGGUGCCACUCAUAGGGCUACCGCGGUUCACCGAUAU